AAAAAUAUCAAAAUUUUAAUUAAUUAUAUUUUAUUAAUAAAAAAAAGUUUACAAAAAAAGCCGAUAGAUGGAGCCACUUACAUUUACGUCAAAACAAUCAACAUAACCUUAACUUAAUUUUCGAUACAAAUUUAAGUUGCGAUUUUAAAUUAAAUUUGGUUUUAAUCUCGAUUAAUUUCAUGAAAAAGAAUGAAUGAAAAUAAUAGUGAUAGUGACGAAUUGCACGAUCACGACCCGUGCUUAAAAAUGUUUUAUUGGAAAACGGGUGUACCAUCGAUAGGGAUUCUUAACCCAUUACGUAGAGCAAUAUGCGACGAUAACAUGGACGAAAUAAUGAAACAUCUUAACACGGAUUAUUACAAAUUAAAUCUUGGAGACGAAGCUGGAAAUACUUGUAUUCAUUUAGCAGCUGGAUACGCAAGUUUAAACGCUUUAAAAUAUUUCCUUUCGUUAGAAAAUGUGCGUAUUAACGUGCAAAAUCAUUAUGGAAAUACCCCUUUGUUACAUGCGCUUUAUUUAAAUGAUUCAUACGAAGUCAUAAAAUGUCUCGUUGAUCAUAACUGUGAUAUAAACGUCAAUAAUUUAGAAUGUGUAACUGCUUUACACAUAGCGGCUAAUAAAAAAGAUAUUAAAAUUGGUUCUCUUUUAAUUGAAAAGGGUGCUAAUGUUGAUGCGAAAGAUUCCGAGGGAUUUACUCCAUUACAUGAAGCCGUUAUUGCGAAAAAUGUUGAUUUUGUAUGUAUGCUUUUAUAUUAUAACGCAUCGGUGAACGAAAUCAGCACAUAUUCGAAAUGUACCCCAUUUCAUUCCGCGAAUAAAAUGGGAAAUCAAGAAAUAGCCGAAAUUUUAUUUGAUUACAUCGACGAUUUUAGUUAUCAAGAUGAAGCUGGAGACACUUUUUUAUCAUUAGCUAUUGAUAAUAAGAUGCCAAUUGCUUUUGAUAUUAUCAAUAAAGGAAUUGAAGACGUUUCAUUCCCUUUCGGCUCAAUUAUUUGCAGUUUUAAUGGUACGGAGUAUAGUUUAAAAUGGAUUUGGACGCUUUUAAGUAAAGGUGUUUUAGUUCGUGUAAGAGAUAUUGAGUGUUUACAUGAUUAUAAUGGAUUUUGUGAGGAGAUUGAAGCGAUUUUUACGUCGGAAGUUCCGAUUGUUUAUCAAGGUAAUAGUGGGGAGUUUAUACAAAAAAUGAUUUAUAAUUGUUUUACGUUAGAUUGUGAUAUAGGUUAUAAGAAAAAAGAGAAACCUUAUUUCGCUAGGGAGGAUUAUGUAAAGAGUUUGUUACAACUCGCUCGCGAUAGUAUUCGGGACGUUAUUUUUGAUAAAUACCAAAAUGAGGUUAAUUUUAGGGCUUAUAAUAGUAUUAUGAGGAUGGAUAUUCCUCAAGUGAUGAAAGAUAUUUUGGUGUUAAAGCGACCUAUUUAUUUUUAUGAUUAAAUUGUUAAAAAUUAUCUAAUUUAUGUAAAAAAAAAUAAAAU